UGUCAAUAUGGACCAGCUGAGUUCUUCAGUAUUUUUUUGGUACAUUAUUUUUAGUAGCAACGCAAGCACGUGUUGGAAUUGUUUAUUUCUUGGAUGUUCAAUUAAAAUGCAGUAAUGUUUGUUAACGAAGUGAAUGAUGUCAAGAUUUACAAUCUUAGCGCCGGCAAGUCGGUGCCAGAUUGGCUCACCGAUCGCCGCAAGCGCUCACAGCUGAUGAAAAAGGUGGAUUCCCGGCGGCAAAUCGAAUUGAUACAGGACUUUGAUAUGCCCGGAGUGUGCACAAGCAUACGUAUGAGUCCCGAUAAUCAAUACAUCUUAGCCACAGGCACCUACAAACCGCGUGUAAAAUGUUUUGAAGUCGCCAAUCUGUCCAUUAAGUUUGAGCGCUGUUUUGACUCUGAAGUGACCACAUUCGAAGUGAUUAGCGAUGACUACAGCAAAAUGGUGUUUCUGCAGUGCGACCGCUAUGUGGAAAUCCAUGCGGCACAUGGACGCCACUAUAGAUUGCGUGUGCCGCGCUUUGGGAGUGAUAUGAAAUAUCAUAAGCCCAGCUGUGAUAUGUACAUAGUGGGCGUUGGUAGGGAUAUUUAUCGUUUGAAUCUGGAGCGUGGACAAUUUCUACAGCCUUACGAAACAGACGGCAGCUGUCUUAACGCCUGCGACGUCAAUCCAGAGCAUAAUUUGCUAAUGGUAGGGACGAGAGAGGGCACAGUUGAGGCUUGGGAUCCACGUAGUAAACUGCGUUGCGCCACCUUAGAUGUGGCUAUCAAAUUGCCGGGUACCAAAGAGUUUCCGUCGGUAACUGCGCUUAAACAUCGAAAUGGUCUACACAUGGGUGUAGGCACAGCAUCGGGACAUGUGCUGCUAUAUGAUAUACGUGCUCGACAGCCCUUACUUAUCAAGGAUCACCUAAAUAAAGUGCCUAUAAAGCGUAUAGCUUUUAAUACUGCACAGAAUGCCGUUUACAGUAUGGAUGAAGCCAUGUUGAAACUGUGGGAUGAGCAGACUGGCAAACAAAUAGCAUAUGUGGAGUCCACAACAUCGUUUAAUGAUUUCUGCACUAUACCUAAUACUGGCAUGUUUUUCCUAGCACAAGAAGAUAUAAAAAUGUUGACUUACUAUGUGCCAGACAUGGGACCUGCGCCACGUUGGUGCGCGUUCCUCGACAAUCUAACGGAAGAGAUGGAGUCUGAGGUGGUGGAGAAUGUCUACGAUGAUUAUCAAUUUAUUACCGAAAAAGAAUUGAAUGAGCUGGGUCUGGAGCAUCUCAUUGGAACCAAUCUGCUCAAAGGCUAUAUGCAUGGUUACUUUAUGGAUGUGCGUCUAUACAACAAGGCUAAGUCUGUUGUAGAGCCGUUUGCCUUCGAUCGUUUCCGCAAAGAGAAAGUACGGCAGGAAAUUGAAAGCGAACGCAAGUCACGCUUGCAAAUUGAAUCCAAGCUACCCAAGGUCAACAAAGAGUUGGCACUUAAGAUUAUGGACGAACAGGCGCAUCCUUCGAAUAGCGCCAAGCAACGCAACGUGCCAAACUUGUUACAGGACGAACGUUUCAAGGCAAUGUUUGAAAACACUGACUUUGCGGUCAACAAGGAGGCCGAGGAGUAUCGUCUGCUGGCGCCAGUGCUCAAUCGCUUGGACAAAUCCAAGGCCAAGGAAAUCAGGCAGCGCAUUGAGGUGGCGCGUGUGGCUGAGCUGCAUGCAGAAGAAGCAGAAAAACGUGAGGACAGCGACGACGAUGAGGAUCUGUUUGGAUUUGACAAGAGCGACGGCGAGCAUAGCAGUGACGAUUAUGCCUCAUCGGAUGAAGAGGGCAGGCGUGAUUAUGUAAAGGAAAUGAAACAGGCGUACAAGCAAGUCAAACGGCAACGCGAGGACGAGGAGGAGCAGGAAGAGCCGUCGGCAGAGCAAGAGGAUGUAGAGCCAGACGGACCAGAUGACUAUGCAGCCCCAAUAACAAACGGAAAUGCAAGCAAGCAAAUGACAAAUGGAAAUAAAUUUAAAAUGACGCCACUUGAAGAAGGCAAUAGUGCGCUCCAGCAGCACCUGAAACAAGUCAGCCUGCAAGAUCGCGUGCGUGUCAUAUCCAACCUAGAAUCGCAGGUAACCAAUGUUGGACGCUCGCUGGGCAAUCGGCAGAUGACAUUCGAAAUGAACAAGCAUAAGAAAUCGGAGCAUUUGGCCAAGAAACGUGAGGCAGAGCUUAAAAAACAUCGCGACGAGCGACGAAGCAUAAUUAGACCAAUCAAAUCGCUUCGACUGAAGAAAGUUAAUUUUAAGUAGAAAAUAAUGUAAGCACCUUUUGUACAUAAAGUUUUAAUUUAUGUAAUCAUUACAUGUUUUUA